GACGGUCCCGAGGCGUGGCAGGUUCGAAUCCCGCCUCCCCACUUCCCCGCCUCGUUGUGAGGGGACUGAGAUCCUUGAACCCUGGCGGUCACCAGCCCUCACCUCAAAUCCUCGCUUGCCCGCUAUCCUCCAUGAACGGCAACCAUGAAGAAGGCAAAGUACAUCCUUUGCACGUGGAAGAAACGGUGGUGGCCUGCAAAGGUUUUGUCCGCCGGCCGGACUUCCAGAAGGCGACAAGAUCCGAAGAGCACGCCGAGAACCCUUCUGGUUGAAAUUCUCUGCCUGAAUAAACAGAUUGUUGUACGCCACGCAGACGUCAAACCUUUGCAGGAGGAGGACAUCAACAGCAUCGCCUCUCGGUUAGGUGGCCAACCCGACGCCUCAGAAGGUCAGAGCAAGAAAAACCGCAAAGCCAUAGAUGAGCUGAUCUACCGGCAUGCUCUCCGGAAGGCCCUGGAUAUCCUGAGCGAAAACUCCGUCUCACCCAAGGGGCGGAAAGGCAAAGCGUCACCCCGGAAUAACACCUCCGCCGGAGCAUCGCUGGAGUGUUCAGCUAAAUGUCGCCAGCUCCAUUCUCCAAGGGACCCGCACGAGGGAGAAAGCAGGGAGAGUACCGUCGCGUGUUGCCUCGGCUCCAAGGCAUCUCCCAUCUCUAAACCACAACACUUUGGGGAGGCAGCUGGCCAGAACUGCUCCUUUUCUGAAGCAGCAAUGACCGUAACUCCCCAGAAACAGCAGGAACCGUCGCCCACAUCUGACGCAGGCCGGAGGCAGCUGCGGUCCUUUAAGGAGAGGGGCGAGGGGCGCUGCCCAUCUCGGGGCAGGUCUGGCAAGGGCAGCGGCUUUCCCUCACCAAACAGAACGAGCACCCCGGCGGCCGCCUCUCGAAAGCCCCGGGCCAGGUUCGCGGGGCCCGGGGUGCGGAAGAAACUGCUGGGCUCCCCCGCCAGGUGCGUUUCAGCUGAACCAGCCAGGGGAGAGGAAGGAGGGAGAUACAGCAGAGGCCCCAACGGCAGCAGGCGCCCGAAGGGAACGCGGCGGAAACGGAGUCAAGGAAGGAGUCGUCCGGGGGACUUGAACUCCUCUGCAGAGUCCCUUUCGGGAGGCAAGGCGGGGCAGAGGCAGGAUGCGUCCUUCAGCGUGAAACAGUUCCAGCUUCUGGAUUCUGAAGACGAAGAAGGAUUCGCACCUGCCUCUUCCCUGCGCCUUAGCCCCAUCAGGAGGUACAGUCACAGCCCAGCUUCCAGGGAUGAUGAGGACGAGGAACUCCCCAGCAUCCUCUUGCACCCAGAGCCCUGUACCAUCAAAGCUGGGAUGCUGGUUUGGUGCAGAAUGCCAAGACAACCUUUUUGGCCGGCAGUGGUGAAAAGAGUGCAGCAGAAAGCCAGGAAGGCCAACGUCAUCCUCAUCCAGGACACUUUGAGCAUGAAAUCCAAAGGCUUCUGCACCUCGUUCAGAAACCUGAAACACUACGAAUGCAAGGAGAAGGGAAAACUGAUAGCCAGAGCCAAAGAGAGUCACCCCCACGAUAUCGACUGGUGCAUCACGUUGAUAACAGACUACCUAGUUCGAGUAGGCUGCGAAUCUUUCACGGGGUCCUUCCUGGAGUAUUAUGCCCACGAGAUGAGCUACUCCGUCCGAACAGGCGUCCUCCACGAACCGCCGCAGGAUAACUUUCCGGAGGCGGAGGAAGCAGACUCCGGCGAGUCGCCGUCCGAGCCGUCGCCUGCUAAGCCCCCCAGGAAAGUUCUCCCGGAUCGGGCCCGGGCCGCCCGGGACAAGGCCAACGAGCGCAUCGUCGAGUUCAUAGUGAAGUCCAAGGGGGCGGACGACCACCUCCGCUCCAUCCUAAGGAGGAAGAAGCCGUCGCGCUGGCUCCGCGACUUUGUCGUCGCCCGGCCGUACCUGACCUGCAUGGAGGUUUACCUGGAGGACGACCACCAACAGGAACUUGUUCUCAACUACCUGCGACGGGUUUACCAAGAGGCAGACCCCAAGGUGCUACCAGAAGUGAGCAGGGACAGUAUCAAGUUCAUCUUGGACGUCUUGUUCCCCGAGGCCAUCAUCUACGCCAUUUCAGCCGUGGACCAUAUCGACUACAAGAAAGCGGAAGAGAUAUACUUGAGAGGGCCUCUGGUGAGCCAAAGGGAAAGAGAAAUAUUCGAGGAAGAAAUCUUAGAAAAGAAGAGGAAGAGAAAUCUGCAGAGCAAGAGGCCUCCUCCGGAAGCCAGCCUGUGAAGCCUUUUUCCCUCGUCCCCGUCCGGGAGGACACACAACAAGUUCUACAUCAGACUUGUGACAUGAAAUAGGAAGUGCGUAUUCUAUAUAGGACACAAGAGCCUUUAUUUUUAAAUAUAUAUAUAUAUGUGUAUCAAAUAUACUGUAAGAAGUACAUGUGAUACCAGAACCACGACAAUCCCGUCAGAGCAAACUGGACUUUUGUGGCAGUGAAACCCUCUCUUUUCUCUCUGCCUUGAGAGCAGCCCAGAAAUAAAUAAUAUAUCGGUGUUUGUGACGCCCUGGGUGAUGGGUUGCGCAGGAACCGGUGGCGGUUUGAGAGAGGACUUACUUCCCUGGUGUCAACAAACCAAAUGUCUUGAACUACAGCCCCAGGCUGAUGGGAGCUGUAGCCCAAACCAUUUUGAACGGA